AUGGCGAGGAAGCUUGCGCAGGUAUCCGAGUCCAUACGCGGGGAGAUGAGGCGUGAGAUGCAGGAACUCCGAGAUAUCAUGCGCCGGGAAUUACAGGAGCUUGCGUGGAACGGAGGGGAAAAGUUCGGCCCCGACGGUAGUAAUCGGGAGAAGCCAGGGAAUCAAAGGACGAUUGAUCAAAUACCCCCGGAAGAGAAGCUGAAGGGCAUGACAGGGGAGACGGACUCGGCAAAGGGAGGAAGUCACGGCAGGACUCCGAGUGUGCCACCGCCGCACAGGUCGAGCGCCGCGAAAGGACAAACAGGACCCCACGGGCCUGAUGAGGCCAUUGUUCUGAGCGGGAUGGCCUGGGGAAACCUGGCCUUUAGAGACGAUGAGGGAAAGCGAGUGGGGUAG